AUGGUAUCAUCAACAGUUCAAGGAAAUGGCCAAGAAGUUUUGCAGGAUGACGAAUCCGAAAGUAUGGAUGUUAUAGAAGAGGAAUUCGCUGAUCCAACUAUUGGUUCCAAAACAAAAGACCGUACCUUGUGGUCUGACGCACAAGUAACUCUUCUUUUAUCUCUGUAUGGUGAUAAUCAAGAACUAUUAGACAGUAAUGCUAUGACUUACAGACAAUUUUAUAAAAUUCUUUCUCAAGGACUUUUGGAAAAAGGUUACAAAUUCUCUUCUAUUCAGUGCCAGUACAAAAUUGAUAAUUUAAAAAAAAAGUAUAAAGAGGUCAAGGAUCACAAUGCCAAAUCUGGGAAUAAUCGAAAAGAUUUUGCAUUUUUUAUGAAAAUGGACGAUUUGUUUUCAAAAAAACCGUGGGUUACUCCCAUUUCUGUAGCUGGAUCGGAUUUACCAUUGAUGAUAAGUGAAAAAGAAAAUUCGAUGGGCAAAUGUUCUUCAAACUUUAAAAAUCAGAAGGCGAGUAUUGAUGCACUGAAGAAGGAAUAUCUGCAAAGUGCCAUUGAUGAAAGGAUCCUUCGAAGAAAGGAAAAUUCUGCAUAUCGACAAAAAAAACUACAGGUCCUUGAAACCUUAGCAACAGCACUAACCCAAAAAUGUGAUUCUUGCGAUAGGGUCUAACAGUUCGCAUUUUUACGUAUUUUUUAAGCGUACAUUUUUUUAAUACUACUUUUUAUGCUUAAGUUUGCUUCAUAGUAAUUUAGUAUUAUUACUUACAAACUGGGGUAUUAUUAAUCUUCUUAUUGGCCAUUUCCUAAUACUCAGCUUUUAUUAAUCUCAAAACAUAACA